GUUAACUAACACCGUCAAACAAUUGGACGGAAGUGGUUAUUUCUGGUAUUUCUCCAAAAAUGGCUAUAUUUGACAAAAACGCCAAAGUUUUGACUAUACAGGUGAAUUUGGCCUUUAAUAUAAGCCGGGUUUGGGCUGGCGCCACACUGUAGAAGGCUAACGGGCUAGCCCGACCCGCCCAAUUUAUAGUCAACAAAACCAAAUAUUCCAAUUCCCACAAGGGAAAAGCAAUUUGCUGUUGUUCUUUUACCUCCUCUUCUCUUCAUCUUCUUCCUUUAGCUCGCUUGAAUUCCCUACGAUCAUACCCAUCGAUCAACUCCAUGGCGUUCGAGGACGAUCCUUAUCGAGACGAGGACGGAGAGCCUUUGAUGGAUUACGACGAUUUGGCAUCGGACGGCGGUCAAUCCCCUGGAGUUCAUGACGACUUUAUCGACGACGACGGUUCCAGAACUCCAGUCUACGAAGCGGAUAAAUCUUCGAAGCCGAGGAAGAGGCUGGUGAAGAAGAGCGACGGCGGUAGGGACAGUUAUGCAGCUCCGCUGGAGCUGGUUGACGAGGACGUUGACGAUCAAGGGUACGAUGCGAGGGAAUAUUCAAGGGAUAGGGAGGGAUCGGCUGAAGGGAAGAAGAGGAGGAGAUUGGGAAAGGAGGGGAUCGGGAGCUCUGGGAAGGAUAGGAAAAAGCUGUUCUCCAAAGGGGAUAAGAAGUUUGGGAGUAGUUCUAAAUCUGGAGGAGGGAUGCCGAAGAGGGGUGCUUACCCUGGGAGGUUAGUUGCUGGGAAGGAUGAUGGUGAGGUCAAGGAAAUGUGGGACACCAUUGCUGGUGGCGAUUCCGAGGAUGAUAAAGAAGGCUUGAGAACUAUGGAUGAUGAUAACUUCAUUGAUGAUACUGGAGUAGACCCAGCUGAUCGGUAUGGAAGUGACAAUGAACAGCGCUCUCUCGGUGAUGUUCCUCAGGCAGAGGAGGGUGAAGAGGAUGAUGAAGUAAACCAGCUUUUUAAGAUUGGCAAGAAACGGAAGAAGAAUGAGAGAAGCCCUGCAGAGAUUGCAUUGUUAGUAGAGAAUGUGAUGGCUGAGCUUGAAGUCACUGCGGAAGAAGAUGCCAGUCUAAAUGAGAGGGGAAAACCUGCUAUUAACAAACUCAAGAAGUUGCCUCUUCUUACUGAUGUUCUCUCAAAGAAGCAGCUUCAGCAAGAAUUCAUAGAUCAUGGAGUUUUGACCCUGCUGAAAACUUGGCUCGAACCCCUUCCUGAUGGAAGCUUGCCUAACAUAAACAUACGUGCGGCAGUUCUGAGAAUUCUAACUGAUCUUCCUAUUGAUCUGGAGCAGUAUGAUAGAAGGGAGCAAUUAAAGAAGAGUGGACUUGGAAAGGUUAUAAUGUUUUUAUCAAAAUCUGACGAGGAAACCACUUCCAACAGAAAACUAGCCAAGGAUCUGGUUGAUAAAUGGAGUCGACCAAUAUUCAAUAAGAGCACGAGGUUUGAGGACAUGAGAGGUGCUGAAGAUGAACGUGCUUACAGAAGGCCACCACCAAGAAGACCAGCGAGCAAUUCUGUUGGGAUGGAAUCUACAGAUGGUGAUCUUGACUUGGACAUGGCACGGGGAAGGAAGUCUGGCCAGCCAUCAUCAUCAUCAUCCAGGCAACAACAGCUCACUACCAGGCCAGAAGCAACAGCGUUGGAUUUCUUGGUCCGUCCACAGUCGAAGAUAGAUCCUGAAGAAAUUAGAGCACGUGCUAAACAAGCUGUACAAGAUCAGCGGAGAAUGAAGAUGAAUAAGAAGUUGCAGCAGCUGAAGGCACCAAAGAAGAAGAGUUUACAAGCUUCAAAGCUCAGUGUUGAAGGCCGUGGCAUGCUCAAGUACUUGUAAUUGUUGGUGGACCCUUCUCCUUUGCCAAGCCUGAUCAUUCUCCCUCCUGGCUCCCCUCAUGUCUCUGAUCCUUGUGGCGGGGUCUCGACACUCGCCACGUUCGAGUCAAGCUGCUUGUCCCUUCCUGGUUAGGAAUAUCGUGUGGGCCGUUGCUUGAGAGCUCGUACGCGUUGUUGCUGCAAUUGGGUGCAAGUUGUUGGUCAUUAGCGCCUCCCUUUUGUUGGAGCAUUACGAUCUAACCCUGUCUUAUGAUUCUGCAAAUCUUUCGGGAGGGAACAAAGUAUAGGGUAAAGGAAUCGACUUGAAUUAUCCUCCUUGGUGUAUUUAAGAGCAAGUGUCUUCAGGCACUGUGUUCAUUUGCAAUUCGAUGGAUUUUACAUAGCUGGUGGCUGUGUUUUGUGGUAAUACAAUCGUGUAUGCUACAAGCGGGUUCAAUGUAAUUUUAAUUGCUGAAACAGGAAUUAGAGGAACUCAUGACUGGAUUGUUCAUUGGUUGUUUAACCUAAUUGAGAUAAUCAUAUCCUGCAGUUUCUCUUGUGAUUUAUCAAAUUAACAUUGGUUUAAUGUUAAAACUCUAAUACUUUUAUUGUUCAAAGUAGAAGUGUUACUUGUCAAACUUGUCCAGGCUUGAUCCCAUGUAGGGAUGGCAACAAAAUCCGAACCCACGGGUACCCAUCCGACCCAACCUGAUCAACGCGGGUAAAACCCAUGUUGACGGGUUUUGGGUCGGGUUCGGGUUUAAACCCGCUACACUAUUCACCGGGUCGGGUUGGGUUUGGGUUUAGGUAAACCCACCCCAUGGGUACCCGCCCACACACAUAUAAUUACUUUCCCGGUAUAUUUAAUAUUCUAAAUAAUAUAUCUUCCUUAAACAACUAAUAUUCUUUAUGUUUAUGGAGACAUGUAUAAUUUGUUCUUUCUAAUUGUUUAGAAUGAAGUUGAUAUUAUGAAAUGGAGAGUGAAGAAACUUAGUUGACGAGGAAGAAGCUUUCAAUUAAUCUUAUUGUUUAUAGAUGUUUAUCUUUAAUUUUGAACAAUUUGCAAUUGAUCAUUUGCGGUUUGCUCGUAUGCUCUAGAUUGGUGUUUUUUGUAUGAAUAAUUUGUAUGAGAAAAUUGAUGUUAAACUUUUAUUUUGAAAGAAACUUGUUAUUGUAAAUUUUUUACCACAAAAACCCACGGGUACCCAUGACCCGCGGAUACCCAGCGGGUUGGGUUAGGUUUAUGUUUUUCAAACCCAACGAAUUUUACCCCGAGUUUUUUUGGCGGAUAAACCCAUGAGUUUGGGUUUGACAAAACCCGUCCAACCCGACCCAUUGCCAUCCCUAAUCCCAUGAAGCCAUGAUACUAGUAAUAUAAUAGCGCUAAGAUAGUUUAAGCGCCAUUCCCGUCGUCAAGUGUCCCAGUUGGUUUCAGAUUGACACGAGACUUGCGGCGGACAUGGCAGUCCUAUCUUGUUGUGUCGCUUCGCUUGUUCACACGGUCACAUUCCCAACAGGUGCGUAGGGGCCCAUAAUUUGAAGGGCCGUUUUGUCCAAUAACUAAUAAGACCAAAAAUGUUUAGACUUACCCCAACAGUGCCGUCUAAGUUCCAAUAAUCCUACUAAAUUUAGUUGUACUUGUAAAGUUUAAUACAAAUUUACAAACUAAAUAUGUAAUUUAACCUUAACAUUGAUUUUUUUUCUCUCGUUACAAACUAAAUUUGUACUUUUAAC